AUGACUUUCAUUAUCCACACAAUACGACUCAGCCCACUGCCCGCCGCGGGCUUGCAACAAAUGGUGCAUGUGUGCUAUUGUCGGGUUGGUAUCGAUGUCGCCUUUGACGCACAGCUGGAGUCGCAGCUGACUGGGACAGUGAUUGCAGGCAGAGGGUGCAGUACAAACAAAGCCGCAGCAACGCAACGCAACUUCAGUUGGAAGCGCGUUUUUGUCGAGACAAUAGCGAAAUCGAAAUGCAGCCAAGGCAGCACGCUAUCGUUACGCUGACAACGUUGAAUGACGAUUGCCUGCUGCUGAUCUGCGCUCAGCUCGCAAUUAAGGACCAAUUCGCAUUGCUGCAGCUGGGCGGCCGACUGCGUCCGCUGGUGCUGCGAAUUUGGCAGCGUAAAUAUGCCAACGAGUUCGAUUGGCAGCAGGAGCCGCAAUUAGAAGGCCUACGCGUCAGCGAGCAGAGCCAGCUGCUCGGACACAUGGCCAGGCUGACGCGAGCGCUGCUUAAUCUCAAUGUGUGGCAGGACGAGCUGCCGGACUGGUUGCAAUCGAAACGGAAAUGUGUGCGGAAGCGGAAACAGCAAGAGAAACAGAUAUGUCUGCCCGAUAUACAAAGGCUUAGCUUCGGGGCAUGCCACUCAGUUAGGCUGCUGCGGCAGCUACCUCAGCUCUGCCGCAACCUGACGCAGCUGCAGCUGAGCGCCUGUGUGGGCGUGGGACCCGCGGAUAUCGGUCUGCUGCUUGGGCAGCUGACGCGCUUGAGUUACUUUGAGCUGUUGCCAGGCAGCAUCUGUGGCGCCACAGCGACAGCAGCCUUGGCCGACAUUGAAUAUUGCCAAACGUUGCAAACGCUGAAAAUUCCGGCGUGCGCGCUGCGUGCGGCAAGCAAGGAAAUUGCACAACUGCCGCAACUGCGCCAAUUGACAGGCUUCCUCUGCUGCAGCAGCGACAUCGACAACGCUGACAAAGAGAAAGCGAAUGCUGGCGCGCUGGCCACAGCAACCGUAUCCGCCUGCCUGACGGCACUUGGCAAAGGUGGUGCCGGUGGAGCCGGUGGUGUUCGCUGUGUCGGUGGUGUUGCCUGUCAAAUUGUGGCAUUGCGUUUGCAAUGUCAACUGGAUGCCAGCCUGCCGCGUCUACUGGCUGGCCACUUGAGUGUGGUGCAGCUGCAACGGUUCGCUUGGCACUCGCAGCUGAUGGUGCACUAUGAUGCCACGGAUGGCAGCAUCAAGUGGCUGCCGCAGGCGUUGCAAGUGCCGCGCGCUCUGCUCCGCUUUAUUGUCGGCCAGUCGGCCAGUUUGCGUGAAUUGGAUUUUACGCAUAAUGUGCAUGCCACGUCCACAUUUCUAACACAGCUCGCCGAGCAAAUGGGCGGCAAUGUCGCCGUGUGGCACGACGGCUGCCCCAAGGCCAGGAUGCGCACGAAGGAAACGGAUAUGGACAACAACAAAAAAGAUUUGGCCUUUGUUGAGUUUGCUAUUGAAACAGUUGCCUAAUGAAAAGGCGAACUGUUCUUCUAACAGGGUAUGCAGCGAGGUAUAUGCGACUAAUUAUUAGACUUAAGUGCGUGCUCAGUCUUUAAGUAAAGCAGUCUAUAAGUAAACUAAGAUUUAACUAAAAUAUAUGUGCUAAGAGAAAAGCUUGUUUAAUUUAAAGUUUUUCUUAAUGCAGA